AUGACCAGGUCCAGAGGCUGGUUUACCCCACCUGCUGUGUCGGUUUGGUUUCUGGCUAUUGUGGCGGGGCAUCCAUCUCAUGUACCUCGUACAAUGGCUUCGAACAGCGUCACGUGGAACACUCCACCACAAAAUAUAACAACCAAGGCCAACGACGGCUGUAAGGCUCAUGGCUGGGAUCCUGGACCCGUUCAGUCCGUCAAUUCAACCUUGUUCAUAAAAGCCCUCCCGAAUACCGUCAGGGACAUGAACGACGCUGAGAAUGGUGACACGUUGUUGGUAGGCAAGGAUAGCCUCGUUUUGCGAGAAGGCUCUUCCCUGAGGCUGACUGACCGCCACAGAUCGCCAACGCUUUUCUACAACCACUCACCAUCAUAG